GUGAGGCAGAUCGAGAGAGAGAAGCAGCAACUUUACUCUGAGAACCCAGCCAGCUGAUCCUACACAAGGCAGAAUGAAAUCCUUCCUCCUCGCCAUCGCUGCCGUGCAGAUCCUCCACUGCUCAGGAGUGCCAAGCACCAAGGAUGCUCUGAGAGCCUCAGUUGCAAAACUGAAUGAAAUCACCGAGAUCACCAACCUGUGUGCGAUCACCAGGAGAGGUGUGACAAAUACCUAUCGCACGGGUAAACUGUCAUACAAUGUGGAUUUAACAUUCGCAGUGAAAGAAACUGUCUGCUCCAAGAAUUCUGGGCAGGAAUUUGAUGAUCCCAGUUGCACCUUCCUCUCCAGGAACAUUGUUGAGAAAGGGUUUUGCAAAAGCCGUGUGGAAUAUUUUGCUGAUAAAGUGGCUGACGUUGAUGUGGAGUGUGAAGGUCUGAAGACCAUUGACAGCGAGAGUGACUCAACAGAGUCCAAUGAAACCAGUAUUGAGGCUCAAAGCAAAUCAAAUGAGACAUCGCUAGAGGAAACCUCAAGUGUGGAAAGCAAGUCAGAAGAAACUUUACUGGAAGAUUCAACAAAUGAAAAAGACAAGUCAAAAGAGACAUCAAUCGAGGAGUCUUCCAAUAUGAAAAGCAAGUCAACAGAAUUAUCUCUGGAGGAGUCUUCAAACGAGGAAUUGAGUCUCAAGAGGGAGACACUAAGCAUGAAUGAAACUCCUGAGAACAUGAACUCAGUGUGA